AGCCUGCCCAGAUCCAUAUCACCCCUGUAUCCCUGGUCCCUUGGGCACUAGGUUUCCGACCUCUCUCUCUCUCUCUCUCUCUCUCUCCACCCCGUUUCAGAUCCCCUUCUUCUGCCCUCAUCCCCUCACGGAAGGAAUGAGCCGCAUCUAAUGGUCGUAGCAGAUUCUUGGAAGCUAGUUUGGAAGCUAGUUUCGGUUGUUGCGUGUGAGUGCACGGGAGAGCGGGACGAUUGUGGCCUUUGGUCGAUUGAAGAAAGAUUUUUGACAAGUUGAGGUGCUCUUCUCUAAACAGGAUGCAAAGCUUCAAACGGCAGAAAAGGUUUUGUCGCACGACAUCGUGUGCUCCCUAUAAUAUAAAGGCAUGGGUGAGAUGCUUUGUCGGCAUUUAUUAGGGUAGUAUAACGAGGGUGAGAAAAGAUACUUGGUGACAAUGAGAGGAGACGGAGACGAUUUGAAGGGUUGAUUAGAGAGAUGAAUGAUCAGCUAUGGUGUUCAAACUGAGAUUCGGGAUUACACGCCAGAGGGGUGCAGCAAAGACAGUAGAAAUCAAUGACGCAGGAGCCACAAACCCUGUGGCGGCGUCGCCCCCAUCUCCGACCCCAGCUGGGUCAGGGUCGGGGUCAGGGUUACCAACGCCGGCCGUUCCGCCAGUCUUGAAACCUAACGUAAAUCCUCUUGGGACACGGAAUCCUGCCAUGCCCAUGGUGCGGCAAGCUGGAGAGGUUCUUGCGUCCUCGGUGCUUGCGCAGAGCUCACCGAAACCGCAGGACAAGAAGUCGCCCAUGGGAAUUUUCGAGCCUCUGCCGUCUUUCAGGGAUGUACCUGUUUCUGAACGACAGUUUCUGUUCUCCAGGAAGCUCAACCUCUGCUGCCAUACAUUCGACUUCACAGAUCCAACGAAGGAUGUGAAAGAGAAAGAGAUUAAGAGACAGACACUGCUGGAGUUGGUUGAUUACGUGACGUCGGGGACAGGGAAAUUCACAGAGAAUGUAUUUGAAGAUGUCACUCGAAUGCUUGUUGUCAACCUGUUCCGCACUCUCCCUCCUGCCCACCACGAAAACACGGGCGCCGAGGGUGAGGCAGACGACGAAGAGCCUGUCAUGGACCCCGCAUGGCCGCAUUUGCAAAUCGUAUAUGAGUUCCUGCUACGGUACGUGGUGUCUUCCGAAACAGAUGCCAAGGUUGCUAAGAGAUACAUUGAUCAUUCAUUUGUAGUUAGGUUGCUAGAUCGCUUUGAUUCCGAGGAUCCUCGGGAGCGGGAGUAUUUGAAAACGAUACUGCACAGGAUUUACGGGAAGUUCAUGGUUCACCGUCCCUUUAUACGCAAGACUAUCAACAAUAUCUUCUACCGAUUCAUUUACGAGACCGAGAAGCACAAUGGCAUUGCUGAACUUCUGGAGAUUCUAGGAAGUAUUGUUAACGGCUUUGCUCUGCCUCUCAAGGAAGAGCAUAAGCUCUUUCUUGUCCGAGCUCUAUUACCACUCCACAAACCCAAAGGCGUUUCUACGUAUCACCAACAACUCUCCUAUUGUAUUAUUCAGUUCGUGGAGAAGGAUUUCAAGCUGGCGGAUACAGUAAUCAGGGGUAUGCUUAAGUACUGGCCCUUGACCAAUAGUCAGAAAGAGGUUCUGUUUCUGGGAGAGCUGGAAGAAGUCCUCGAAGCGAUUAAGGGCGCAGAGUUUCAGCGCUGCAUGGUGCCCCUCUUCAGGCAGCUCAGUCGUUGUCUCAACAGCUCCCAUUUCCAGGUGGCGGAACGCGCACUAUUCUUAUGGAAUAAUGACCACAUCGUGAGCUUAAUUGCUCAGAACCGUCAUGUGGUACUUCCCUUAAUCUACCCUGCUCUGGUGAGGAACACAACUAGUCACUGGAACCAGACUGUGCAUACCCUUACUGUGAACGUUCGUAAAAUGUUUAUGGAAAUGGACCAAGAGCUUUUUCAGGAAUGUGACCGCAAGUACCAAGAUGACGUAGCGAAAGCUAACAGCGUAGAUGAAAAACGUGAAGAGACUUGGAGGCGUUUGGAAGCUGCAGCAGCAACACGCAGCCAAGCUUAUUUUAGUGUAGUCUCAGACAGCGUAACGAACAGCCCAACUGGGUUUGGUAAAACUUUUCCUGGUGGACAGAGGGCAAUGGUGGGAAGCUAGUCUUUUGUCUUGGACUAAGAUUAGUCGAAUCGCUGAGAUAGAUCGAAUAGCUCGAAUACCCUCUUCCUUCUUCCUUCUGCCUUCUACGAUUUCAUCCUUCCCUGCAUUGUCUAGGGAUUUGUUUCUCAGAAUGACCAGGCUGACGGAGUCUACACUGUGUCAGAUGUGACUCAUUGUGGAGGUCGAUUUUUAGAGUCUGUACACAACCAUGUGCUACUCAAGAAUUCAGGAUUAAAAAGAGAGUCCAUGGAGGGAAAGCUAGCGAAGCUUGAAUGGUGCUAUUGCCCUGUCAAGUGACUGGUGUUUGUUUUCUUCUCCAUGAUACAUAUGUUUAUUCUCAGUGAGUUAGAGAACCUGAAAUGUUUAGAUCACUUGUUUGCUGUAAAAAGACCUCUUUAACGUGGUGUCAGUGUUCUCUAGGACUUGGCCCUUUGCAGUGAUUAACGUGUAGAUCAGAAAGAAAACCUACCGGGUCUUUCCAGUGUAGGUGUGUGAAGAUGUUGUCCAGAAUGAAAGUGUGAGGUGCUGUUGUAGUGUAGUUAAUAGAGAAAGAUGAUAUCCCAUUCCUUAGAACCUUGCCUUGCCUGGUGUGCUAGAGAUCGUUAACCUGUGUUAGUUUCUACUUCAAGAUUUGAAUUAUAAUUUUUCGCUUUUGGUCCCUUGGCCAAGGCGUUUUUCUUUUUCUAUUUUUUUCAUUUUGACCUUAGUGCCAUAGCACUAUUUUGCUUAAGGGGAACCUCUGUAGUUGCUCGCUGUGGCAGCUUCAUGUCAUCGAAUGCCGUCUUUUGGCUUUAACCAAUGUGUUGAAACUCGAUUUUGUAA